AUGGAGGAUGAUCAUAAAACGAAGACGAUAAGCAAAAAAAACCCAUCAAGAUCUAUCAUCAGUCUCAAGGAUAUUCCUCCUCUCGAUCCAUCGUCUAUCCCCUUAAUAAAUUCCUCUCUGAAACCAAGAAGAACAAUGAUGGUGCCAGUUUAUGUGGCAAAGCAAGAGAAGCUUAAAAUGGUGAAUGAGGUUGAAGAAGACAAUGUCAAUUCUUCAUUCUCUAACAUUCAGAUUGAUCCUAACAGUACAAGAAGCAAGAAAGCUGCGGCUGAGCAUGCAGCGGAAGGAGCGCUCUGGUAUCUUGAUCACGUAGGCGAAACCAAAGAAAGCCGAGUCAGUAAAUCCUCUUCUAGGCAGAUGAAGUAA